CCAGCGGUAACGACAGCCAGCACGUUCACGCUAUCUGUCAGCGUGCAGCGUCACGCGCCAUGCGGAGUUAGUACAGAUAAAUGUUUCUGGCUGGUGGCUGGGAACCAGUUUUCUGCGGUGUACAGGACGCACAACUUCAGCUUUUCACGCCGUUUUGAGUAUUUAUUUUUGCACAAAAAUUUGAAUGUGUUGGAAUUAAACGUGGGAGUUAUCCAUCCACGUUGAAACUGCCGGGGGGAUUUAUUUUCAGAGGCUUUUUCACAAGACAGGACUGGGCUGUGUGUGUGUCUUCACCAUGGACAUGAACCUCCUCGCUGACUAAGAGCAUCCCCUAUCAGGCCCUCUGGACCGAUAGUCCCGCCCCCUGCUCCGCCCCCUGCCCCUGUUUCCUGCACCAGCUGGGACAGACCUGCAGUCUGGCUGGCCUGAUGUAACCCAUUACUCUGAAGAAGACUGAAACACACACACACAAGGUCCAGGGAUGACUGUGUGUGGGUGUGUGUGUGCUCCCCUCCUGGCUGUGACGCGUCUCCGUCCCUCACUGUGAUGUCCACGCUGGGCUGCACUUUCACUGUCCUGUAGAUUGAAGACCUUUUCAGUAGAGUAGAAACCUCCCAGAGCUUUCCAAAGGGACCAUGCACCAGAAAAGCCCAACAAGGAACCAUUCUGGAAGCCACAGAGAAUCACCAUUCUGGAAUCUCCAUUCUAGAGACCAUAGCUAUGACCAACACGCUUCUCUUGAUGCUGUGAGCUCUUCACAUGACAUUUGUGACAUCAAGACGGGGACGUUUUUGUUGUCGUAGAUGAUGAUGCAAAAGCAGCAGCCAGCCCGAACCUCUCCAGGCAGUGUGAGUUCUGUGAGAGGAACGACCCUCCCUGGCUCUCCUGCUGUCACUAUCGUGACCCAAGUUGAGAAGCAGGUGAUUGGCUAUAAAGACUUAGCUGCCAUCCCGAAGGACAAAGCCAUACUGGACAUUGAGAGGCCUGACCUGAUGAUGUAUGAGCCGCAUUUCAGCUACACACAUCUGGAACGCUCUGAGAGGUCCCUGUCUCCACGCUCUCUCUCCCCUCCUCCCUCUCCUGAGAGCUCCCAGCUGAAGGAGUCCAGAGAGUGGGUGGAGCAGAAGUCGUCGGGCAGUUCUUCUCCACCUUCCACACUACGACUGCGCAGAAGUAGCAGCGUGAGCAAAAACCCCCCUCAACAGCUACACUUCCACCGGCCAGACAAUGGCAGCAACAUAUACAAGAAACCGCCGAUUUACAAGCAAGAUGCUUCCCCACAUGUUCCCCACGGUAAGCACAUGGAGGAUCUGAUCAUCGAGUCGUCUCGGUUCCCUGCUGCUCGGCGUCCUGACCCCACUCAGCCUGCCAAGAUUGAAACGGACUAUUGGCCGUGCCCGCCGUCACUCGCUGUGCUGGAGACUGAGUGGAAGAGGAAGUCUGCCCAGAACACAGACGGGGAGGCAGCGGAGGCUGACGAUGAGUAUGAUGAAGGUGAUCUGUCAGACGACACGUGGCGACUCAGACAGAUGCAGAAACAGGAGCUCAAUAAGAUUCAGUCCAAUCUGGGGAAGUUGAUUUUGAAGGAGGAGAUUGAGAGAGCAGCUCCAAUACGUAGAAAAACCCGUUCUCUGCCAGACCGAACCCCUGGCCAUAUGGGGCUUAAGUCUCCAUCGUUUCCAACCUACAGCAGGACUGGCCUGUCCAGGCUCCAAUCAGCAGAGUUUUCAUCAAACAGUGAAAAGGGGAGUCAAAGUCUUCAGGUGAGGCAGAAUGGCGUCCCACAGGGCCACAGGAUGGACAGAGGCAGUUCUCUGCCCACUGUGCUGCAGCAGAAGAUUUAUCCCUACGAGAUGCUCACAGUGAUGCCUAGAGGCCGGAAUAAACUUCCUCCUGGUGUGAACCGGACCAGACUGGAGAGGCAUCUGUCUCCAGAGGAAUUCCAGACUCUCUUUGGAAUGACGAUGCAGGAAUUUGAUCGCCUCUCCCUUUGGAAGCGUAACGACUUGAAGAAAAAAGUUUCGCUCUUCUAAGACUAUGGAGGAAAAAACAAAACAAAAAUCAAACUCAUACCUAGUCAUACACAAUACCGCGCUUGUUUUGGUGAAAAGUACAGCUGCAAAAAUGACAAACCCAAGAAGAAAAGACCUUAAGAAACCACUCCAGACGAGCAGAGACUAGGAGAAUCCGCCGGUGGAAGGACAGUGUUGGGUGUCCAAGCUCGUCUGGUGUAAGAUGGCCUACAGGUCUCCAAUGUCCCAGCAUAUAAGACAAAACGUCUGAACACUUUGAUGUCACAACUCUAGUUUCGGCUCCGUGAUCAGGUGCUGACCGAGGUUAUGCUUCGGGACUCGAGCAUGACUCAAGAAUGUUCUGAAUGUCGAGAACAGCUAAACUCAGUUAAACGGGUGGAGGGGGAUAGUUUGAGCUCUACCUGAGUCCCAUGUACAGAGACGGAGAACAGUUCACUACAGGCCGUAACAGCCUCCCAGGCCCACAACUGCCAUACUGGAAAAUAGACCAAUGCUAAGCACACAUGCCAGUUGGCUACUAAUUAAUUAUCUCAUUUAACCACUGCCACAAUUUGAAGCCAUAAUGAGUUAUAACGAAUUAAUUGACUAAUUACUAAACGUUGGAACAUCUUCAUAGAGAGAUAUGUAGGAUUUAAAUCAGUUGGUUACUUUCACCAAUUUAAUACCCAAAAUUAAAUAUCUAGAACACUCUCUCUCUCACACACACACACACACACACCACUACCCCAUAUCUCUCUGCCUCAACAGAGUUAUUACCAGUGCAGACAUUACUGGUAGUAUGUGGCAAGUUUCUAUAGCAACAGAUAUGCAGUUUGCAGUUGCAAAAAGAGCUAAAUUAGUGAGAGUUGUUGGAAUAUUAUCAAAUAUUAUAAAGUCCCAGAACCUGCAUGAGAAAAGCUUCCCCCACUUUGAAAGAUCACAUGAUCACUGAUUGUAAAACCACCGUCUGAUCAAUAUCUUUUCUCGUUUUACCCAGUAUAUAUUGAUCAUGUGGUGCCCCCUUCCUCCGACCCUGUUGUGCUGCUACUGUGUUAUAAAGCACCUUGCUUGUUUGGUUAAAUUAUACCUUUUUUUUGGGAGGGAUGGCUGGAGAGUUCCUGUUGUAUAGGAUGAAGAUGGAUUAUGAAGAAGAUGGAUAAUAAUGAUUGCAGCCCUGGUCUUAGUUCUCUGUAGAAGUCUGGUUUGCACACGACCCACCCACAGACCUUGAGUUCAUAUAUAUUGGUGUGUUCUGAAUCUGGAGUGUUUGAUAUUGGACUCUGAUUUUUACAGUAUAAUCCGUAUAGAAUUGAACCUGCCUCUACUGCUUCAGUGACCACAUGUGCGGCUACUGUUCUCUCUCUCUCUCUCUCUCUCUCACACACAGUUGUUGUGCUUGUUUACCUAUAUUGUGGCAUAACUUUUAAAACUAAGAAAAAAACCCUAUAAAAGUUACAGAAAUAGACAUUCCAUGUAGAAGGUGUUGACAGCACUUGUUACGCGCACAGUUGUACCGACAGCGUCCAAGCAGUCACAGACUUGGAUGUUCUUUUGACAAUCCAGCCAAUCAUCUUUCAGGGGUGGGGUCUAACGUAACGUCAUGGCCAAUCACAUCCCUACUCUCUGCUUGACACUUUGCCCUUUAAAAUGUACAGGCGCACGCUGAGUUAAUGCACAUUUACAUUAGCAGUCAUCACAUAGUUCAGUAGUUUAAGCAGUGACUUCACCCUAAAGCUUUAGCAGCUCAACACGACCGGCUGCUCUGUAGACAAAGGCUUAAAACACGUUUAUUCAUCACAACUCAUGUCAAUAUCAAGCAUUUAUUCUGCUGCACUUGGAAUGUUACACAAAAAUAUAGCUUCAUCGUUUCAAACAACACACACACAGUAUAUACUGGAGUAACCUAACUGCACCGUCAUCACAUAAUUGGUUCUCCUUUUUUUCUGUGAAGGUGUGGUGAAUGACAAAAAUUUUAAAUAUCAGAUUAGCCUGGUGUGUGUCCUCGCUAUGAUCCAGGUGCGUUCUGUUUUGACUAUUUUAUGGUUUAGCGGUUUGUUAUACUGACACCUUGGUGAAACGUUAGUACUGAGAUUUCUGUUCAAUAAAGCUGUAGCUUUUACUAA